UUAAUUAUUUAUCGUAUAACUACGUAGAGAGCAGCACACAUGAUAUAAGCGGUGUUAUAGUCUUGCGCGUUAGUUAAUACCGCUUCACUUUGCGGUUUUUCAUCGUAAGUUUAGAAGUUCUGUACAUCAAUUUUAGUGAUUGAGUUUGGUUUAGUGGGAAGAUUCAUUAGUCAGCCACAAGAUUACAUAUUAACUGUUGUUUUUUUAAUCCGAUGUCUAGUGCUGAAGUCACGGACAAUUCUGUUGAUCCCCCGGCCAAGAAGCGGAAGCUUGAUUCAGUUGCAACUUCCUCCGACAUGGCGAACAAUGGAUCAUCUUCUAAAGGUGCACAAGAUAUUGAUGAAGGGUUAUAUUCGCGGCAAUUAUAUGUCCUCGGACAUGAUGCUAUGCGUCGUAUGGCAAGAAGUGAUGUGUUAAUAUCGGGUUUAGGUGGUUUAGGCGUUGAAAUUGCUAAAAAUGUUAUUCUCGGUGGUGUAAAAUCAGUAACACUACAUGACGAAGCUAAUUGUACAAUUGCCGAUCUUUCAUCUCAAUUUUAUUUAACUGAAAAAGAUAUUGGUAAAAAUCGUGCCGAAGCAUGUUGUCAAUCUUUAUCUGAAUUAAAUAAUUAUGUACGAACGGAAGCGUAUACGGGUCCUUUAACCGAAGAUUAUAUUAAACGAUUCAGUGUGGUGGUUUUAACUGCAAGUACUUUGGAUGAACAAUUGCGUAUUAAUGAAAUUACACAUGCAAAUGAAAUUGCAUUUAUUGUGGCACAAACAGCUGGUCUGUAUGGUCAAGUAUUUUGUGAUUUUGGACCGAAUUUUAAAGUUGUUGAUACAAAUGGCGAACCACCAAUAUCCGCAAUGGUUGCAAGUAUAUCAACGGAUACUGAAGGUGUGGUCACGUGUUUGGAUGAUAAUCGUCAUGGAAUGGAAGAUGGAGAUUACGUGACAUUCUCUGAAGUACAAGGUAUGACUGAAUUAAAUGAUUGUGAACCUAAACCAAUAAAGGUGCUAGGACCGUAUACAUUUAGUAUCGGAGAUACAACUGGUUUAUCAAAUUAUGUCCGAGGUGGUAUUGUUACACAAGUUAAAAUGCCAAAAAUAUUGAAGUUUAAACCGUUGAAAGAAUCGAUUGAAAAACCAGAAUUUUUGAUAACCGAUUUUGCGAAAUUCGAUCAACCACCACAAAUUCAUUUAGCAUUUAUUGCGUUAUCAACAUUUAUUAAAAAUAAUGGACGAAAACCAAAACCAUGGAAUCAGAAUGAUGCCGAUGAAUUGGUUAAAUUAGUAAAUGAUCAAAAUAAAAAUGAAAUUGAAUUAAAUAAUGAAUUAUUGCAAUUAUUUGCGAAAAUUAGUAGUGGCGAUGUAAAUCCAAUAAAUGCUGCUAUUGGUGGUGUUGUUGCACAAGAAGUGAUGAAAGCAUGCUCUGGAAAAUUUUCACCUAUUUAUCAAUGGUUAUACUUUGAUGCUAUCGAAUGUUUACCAGACGAUCUUAAUGAAAUCACUGAAGAGGAUUGUGUUCCAACUGGUUCACGAUAUGAUGGACAAAUUGCUGUUUUUGGAAAACAAUUCCAGAAAAGACUUGGAGAAUUAAAUUAUUUCGUGGUUGGUGCUGGUGCUAUUGGUUGUGAACUUUUAAAGAAUUUUGCAAUGAUGGGUAUUGGUGCUGAUGGAGGAAAAAUUACAAUUACGGAUAUGGAUUUAAUCGAAAAAUCAAAUUUAAAUCGUCAAUUCUUAUUCCGACCCCAUGAUGUACAACAUGCUAAAUCUGCAACGGCUGCAAAAGUAAUUAAACGUAUGAAUCCCAGUAUUAAUAUUGAGGCACAUGAAAAUCGUGUUGGCCCCGAAACUGAAAGCGUAUACGAUGAUACCUUCUUUGAAAAAUUGGAUGGUGUUGCCAAUGCUUUGGAUAAUGUAGAUGCUAGAAUUUAUAUGGAUCGACGAUGUGUUUAUUACCGAAAACCAUUGUUAGAAUCUGGUACACUUGGUACCAAGGGUAAUACUCAAGUAGUUGUACCAUUCUUAACUGAAUCGUAUAGUUCAUCGCAGGAUCCACCAGAGAAGAGUAUACCAAUUUGUACUUUAAAGAAUUUCCCAAAUGCUAUUGAACAUACAUUGCAAUGGGCUCGAGAUAAUUUCGAAGGAUUAUUUUCACAAGCUGCUGAAAAUGCUGCUCAAUAUUUACAGGAUCCACAAUUUGUUGAACGCGCUUUGAAAUUACCAGGUGUACAACCAAUUGAAGUUAUGGAAUCAGUCAAGGCUGCAUUAGUCAACGAUCGACCACACUCAUUUGAAGAUUGUGUAGUUUGGGCCCGUAAUCAUUGGCAAGAACAAUACUCCAAUCAAAUUCGUCAACUUUUAUUCAAUUUCCCACCAGAUCAAUUGACAUCUAGCGGUCAACCAUUUUGGUCUGGACCAAAAAGAUGUCCAAAACCAUUAGAUUUUGAUGUGAACGAGCCAUUACAUUUGGAUUAUAUUUUUGCGGCAGCUAAUUUAAAAGCUGAAAUGUAUGGUAUCCCACAAAAUCGUAAUCGUACCGAAGUUGCUGAAUUGGUGUCAAAGGUUAAAGUACCAGAAUUUGUUCCAAAAUCCGGUGUUAAAAUUGCAGUUACCGAUUCACAAAUGCAAGUGAACAAUGGUUCAAAUAUUGAUACAGAUCGUAUUGCUCAAUUACAAAAAGAGAUACCAGAUAAAGAAGAACUUGCCAAAAUCAAAAUAAACCCAAUUGAAUUCGAAAAAGAUGACGAUAAUAAUCUCCAUAUGGAUUUCAUUGUAGCGGCAUCAAAUUUACGUGCUGCAAAUUAUAGCAUACCACCAGCAGAUCGACAUAAAUCAAAAUUAAUUGCUGGUAAAAUAAUUCCUGCCAUUGCGACAACCACAUCAGUAGUAGCCGGUCUUGUAUGCCUUGAACUAUAUAAAUUAGCUAGGAAUUUCAAAACAAUUACAAAAUUCAAAAAUGGUUUUGUGAAUUUAGCAUUACCAUUCUUUGGUUUCUCUGAACCGAUAUCUGCACCAAAAUUAACGUACUACGACAAAGAAUGGACAUUAUGGGAUCGUUUCGAAGUUGAUGGUGAAUUAACAUUAAAAGGUUUCUUGGAUUAUUUCAAAGAUCGCCACAAUUUAGAGAUAACAAUGUUAUCGCAAGGUGUUUGCAUGUUAUAUUCAUUCUUUAUGGCUAAAGCUAAAUGCCAGGAGCGUAUGAAUUUACCAAUGUCUGAGGUGGUGAAAAAAGUUUCGAAAAAGAAGAUUGAACCGCAUGUUCGUGCACUAGUAUUCGAGUUAUGUUGUAACGAUACCGAUGGCAAUGAUGUGGAAGUUCCGUACGUCAAAUAUACACUUCCUUGAAACUAAACGAACAGAAAAAUGAACGAUGAUUUUACAAUCUUCUCACAUGUCAUCACACUUCAAUUUCUCCCCUCCCCUUACAUAUUUAUAUAUUAUUAAAAUCUGAUAUAAUUUAUUUGCAUUAUUACUCCCAAGUAAUUCCAAAAAAUAAAAAUAAAAGAAGGGUUUGCCAUUUGUUGUGUAUGAUAUGAUAUUUUAUGUGAUAAGUAUUUUUUCCCCCUCUUCGAUUUCAGUGUGUGUAUUGUACAUCGUUCAUUAAAUAAUUUUUUUUUUUUUAAAUCAAUCGAUAAUUUUUAUUAAAAAAUAAUUCUAAAUAAAUAACUACUGUGGAAUGGCUAUUCUUCUAUUUAAUUAUGAAAACAUUGGCUGGCUUUGUAAUUUCAAUAAAAAAAAAAUCACUUUUUAAAAACAUGUUUGUGUAGUUUACAAAUUAAAAAUUGAUUGCAUCACUUUUUGUAGUGUGAUUUUUCUCUCAAUUCGGUACAUCA